GCCUUUUGUCGUUCAAAAAGCCACAAGAGUUUCCCCUUUACCUUCUUACCCGUCGUUCGCACUCUACAUUCAACUGCUCUAGCUGCCGAUCCAAACUUCGACGCGGAAGAAUCGCACCAAAUUUAUCCUAUUGUGUAUCAUCUGAAAACUACAAGAUGACUAGGCUUGGCCGCGGUUUCAGUUACACAAUGCAAAAGGAUGCUGUGUCUCCAGUGUCAGCUGAUGUGGUCUUCGCCUCGAGCCGAUUCCCCAAGUAUAAAAUUGGGGCAAACAAUGAGAUUGUGGAGGUGAAGGCAGAUGCCACCACAUUAUCUGCCAAAGAAAUGGUUGCUCGAGAAACUGCACUGAUGCUGGAGCAGCAACAGCGCCUCUCUGUUCGUGAUCUUGCUAGUAAAUUUGAGAAGGGCUUAGCUGCGGCUACUAAGUUAUCCGACGAGGCAAAGCUCAAAGAGGCAGCUUCGCUGGAAAAGCACGUCCUUCUGAAGAAACUCAGAGAUGCUCUUGAAGCACUGAGAGGACGUGUAACGAGCAAAAACAAAGAUGAUGUGGAGGACGCAAUUGCUAUGGUUGAAGCUUUAGCCGUUCAACUAACACAGAGAGAAGGAGAGCUAAUUCAGGAAAAGGCUGAAGUGAAACGGCUUGCAAGUUUCUUAAAGCAGGCUUCGGAAGAUGCUAAAAAGCUCGUGGAUGAAGAGAGGGCAUUUGCACGGGCUGAAAUUGAGAAUGCGAGAGCGGCCGUACAGAGAGUGGAAGAGUCCCUACGGGAACAUGAACAAAUGUCGAGGGCAUCAGGAAAGCAGGACUUGGACGAGCUGAUGAAGGAGGUUCAAGAAGCUAGACGAAUCAAAAUGCUCCACCAGCCUAGUCGGGUUAUGGACAUGGAACAUGAGCUUCGCGCAUUAAGGAUCCAACUCGCAGAGAAGUCCAAACACUCCCAGCGCCUCCAGAAAGAGCUGUCAAUCAGCAAGAAGGGGGACAAAAACACAUCCCAUUUGUACGAAAUCGAUGGCACGGUGGCAUUGGGCUCGUACCUACGAAUAUAUCCAUGCUCCGACAAUGCUCCAGAUCUUUCUGAGUGCACUAUUCAGUGGUACCGCUCGACAUCUGAGGAUGGAAAAAACGAGCUCAUAUCAGGGGCCACAAAAUCUGUAUAUGCGCCGGAGCCCUUUGACGUUGGGAGAAUACUGCAAGCAAAUAUUCUGAUCAAUGAGAAAACCGUAACUGUGACGACCUCUGCUCCUAUUGAUCCAGCUGCUGGAUUGGGGAACUACGUUGAAGCAUUGGUACGCAGGCAUGACACUGAAUUCACGGUUGUCGUUCUACAGACAAAUGGAGUCGACCACCCGUCCCAGUCCAUCCACAUAUUGCACGUGGGAAAGAUGAGAAUGAAACUCCGCAAAGGGAAAACAACGUUAACCAAGGAAUACUAUUCCAAUUCUAUGCAGCUUUGUGGGAUUAGAGGCGGUGGAAAUGCCGCGGCUCAGGCCGUGUUCUGGCAAGCGAAAGCCGGGGAAUCAUUCAUAUUAGCUUUCGAAUCCGAGAGAGAAAGAAACGCCGCCAUCAUGCUUGCUCGAAGGUUCGCAUUUGACUGCAAUAUAAUGCUUGGUGGACCAGACGACAGAUCUGCAACAGGAUCUUCUUGAUAUAUAUAUAUAUAUAUAAAUUGUAGUCAUAAGCAAUUUUUAGUGUAUUAUUGGUAAGCAUUUAUUGUUAUGAUUUUUUUCAAUGCUUUGAAAUGAUGUCUUGGUUUGGUGAUUGUGUCAGUUAGGCAUUUUUUUAGAAGUUGCCUUGAUCUGAUCUGAUUUUUCUUUUUUUUUUUUGGGUUGGGUUUUAAUGUAUUUCUUUG